GCCAGGAUCUAGUAGCACUAGUAGUAGUACCAUUAGCCAAAAUCACCUUACCAUUCUAUUUCUUGAGAAGCCACUAGAGCAUGAGUCGACCAUGGACGAAGAGGCAGAACAAGCUGUUUGAGAAGGUUCUGGCCAAGUAUGAUGAGGAUACGCCAGACCGCUGGCAGAAGGUGGCGCGGGAUGUGGGCGACGGCAGGUCAGCCGAGGAAGUGAAAAGGCACUAUGAGGAGCUGGAACAAGACGUGAAGCACAUUGAGGAAGGAGACCUCCGCCAGUACGGCGGCAGCCGCACUGGAAGCGCCAACACCAACGGAGGCUCCAGCCGCAGUGGCAGCAGGCAGGAGCAGAGGUAGUUAAGUAGUCUGAAUCUUUUCUCAGUUACAGACUAUUCCAUCCAUGCAUGCAUAAUUACAUAGUGACCAGGGAUCACCCUCUGCUGCAUACUAGUCGUGCGGUGUGUGCAAACGGCGGUGUUGCUUUCGGCCUGGA